UGUUUUCCUUAUGUGUAAAAGCUAUGUUAACAAAAGACAAUACAAUAUGAGUUUUUCAAAUAUGAAUGCGAUGAUCCAUACGCCGUAAUGUCUAGAGUUGACAAGGAAAUGCUUUAUUUAGAGGAAGAAAUGAAGGGUAUACAAGAAUCGGGAUCCCUAUUCGAAGUGAAUGUACCAGAGUUUAAAUUAUUGAAACAAUGCAGGAAGGAGUUACGCAUGUUAAAACAACUUUGGGAUUACGUGUACAUUGUAAGGACAAGCAUAGAAGACUGGAAAACGACUCCAUGGCGGAAAAUUGAUGUGGAAAAUAUGGAUAUUGAAUGUAAGAAGUUCGCUAAGGAAAUCCGUCUGCUUGAUAAGGAAAUGAGAAGUUGGGACACAUAUGUAAACUUGGAAGCAACUGUUAAGAAUAUGCUGACAUCACUAAGGGCGGUGGGUGAGUUACAAAAUCCAGCUAUAAGGGAACGACAUUGGGAUCAAUUAAUGAAAACUACAAAGAGCUUAGCUGCAUUGCCACCUGAACUCACAGUACGAAUAGUGAUGGAUACAAAUACAACAUUAGCAGACUUACUGGCCUUAAACCUACACGAGUUUGAGGAAGAGGUAAAAAACAUUGUUGAUAAGGCUGUCAAGGAAAUGUCCAUGGAGAAAAUACUUAAAGAUCUUAACACAACAUGGAGUCAGAUGGAGUUUGAACAAGAGGUGCAUGCGAGAACUGGGUGUAUUUUAUUAAGAGCAAGUGAAGAGCUGAUCGAAACAUUAGAAGAAAAUCAGGUUCAGUUGCAAAACUUGAUAACGUCCAAGUUCAUAGCGCACUUCUUAGAAGAAGUUUCAAGUUGGCAACAAAAAUUAUCUAUAGCGGAUCAGGUUAUAACUGUUUGGUUUGAAGUGCAAAGGACGUGGACUCAUUUAGAGAGUAUUUUUAUGAGUUCUGAGGAUAUUAGAAAACAGUUACCGGAAGAUUCUGAGAGAUUUGAUAGAAUUGAUACUGAAUUUAAGAUUUUGUCCAAAGACAUGUCCAAAACUCCAAACGUAGUGAAGGGUACAAAUAAAGAAGGUUUAGUAGCUAAUCUGGAUAGUUUACAAAAGGACUUAAUAAUUUGUGAAAAGGCUUUAGCUGAAUAUUUAGAAACUAAGAGAUUGGCAUUUCCUAGGCUUUAUUUUGUAUCAUCAGCAGACUUGCUCGAUAUUUUAUCAAAUGGGAACCAAGCGGAACUUGUUAUAAGGCAUUUGACAAAACUGUUUGACUCAAUAGCAAAACUAAAGUUUGGUGAAAAUGACAAACCCGAACAAAAAAUCGCGGCUGGAAUGAUAGCUAAAGAUGGUGAAUAUGUUCCAUUUCAUGGGUUUUGUGACUGCAGUGGUCCCGUGGAAAUAUGGCUCAACCGCUUACAAGACAUCAUGAGAUCUUCAAUUCGGCAGUAUUUCAGCGAAGCAAUCGUAUCAUAUGAAGAAAAGCCUCGCGAACAAUGGCUAUUUGACUACAUGGCGCAAGUUUCCUUGUGUUGCUCUCAGAUUUGGUGGACCACUGAAGUAAAUUUAGCCUUCGCUAGACUGGAAGAAGGAUACGAUAAUGCACUCAAAGAUUAUUAUAAGAAGCAGUUGUCGCAAUUGAGUACAUUGAUUACGUUACUCAUAGGUGAACUUAGUAAACAGGAUCGACAGAAGAUCAUGACUAUUUGUACCAUUGAUGUCCAUUCUAGGGAUGUUGUUAGUAAAUUGAUUCAAGGGAAAGUAGAGACUGGGUCAGCGUUUCAAUGGCAAUCACAACUUAGGCACAGAUGGGACGACAAAGAACUACAUUGUUUCGCGAAUAUUUGUGAUGCACAGUUCAAAUACAGUUAUGAAUAUUUAGGGAAUACACCAAGAUUGGUUAUAACCCCUCUUACCGAUCGCUGUUACAUUACAUUGACACAAUCUUUACAUUUAAUAAUGGGGGGUGGACCGGCUGGCCCUGCUGGUACGGGCAAAACGGAGACUACGAAAGAUUUAGGACGUGCAUUGGGUAUAAUGGUGUAUGUGUUCAAUUGUUCCGAACAAAUGGAUUAUCAGUCAUGCGGUAAUAUUUAUAAAGGACUUGCUCAAACAGGAGCUUGGGGUUGUUUUGAUGAGUUUAAUAGAAUAUCAGUUGAGGUCCUAUCAGUUGUUGCUGUCCAGGUUAAAUCUGUUCAAGAUGCUAUCAGAGACAAAAAAGAAAAGUUUAACUUUAUGGGAGAAAUCAUUGUAUUGGUACCAUCGGUUGGCAUAUUUAUAACAAUGAAUCCAGGUUAUGCUGGGAGGACGGAACUUCCCGAAAACUUAAAAGCCUUAUUUAGACCGUGUGCCAUGGUUGUACCGGACUUUGAGUUGAUUUGUGAAAUCAUGUUGGUCGCCGAAGGUUUUCAAGAAGCUAAAAUAUUAGCAAGGAAAUUCAUAACUUUGUAUACUUUGUGUAAAGAGCUAUUGUCUAAACAAGAUCAUUACGAUUGGGGAUUAAGGGCGAUUAAAUCCGUUUUAGUUGUAGCUGGUUCUUUGAAGAGAGGUGAUCCUGGUAGACCAGAAGAAGAGGUUUUAAUGAGAACAUUACGUGACUUUAAUAUUCCUAAAAUAGUCACAGACGAUAUGCCUGUUUUCAUGGGUUUAAUUGGUGACCUAUUUCCUGCUCUUGAAGUACCAAGAAAAAGAGAUUUGGAAUUUGAGAGAACUGUUAAACAAGCUGCCAUGGAUUUGUUACUUCAACCUGAAGAUAACUUUAUACUUAAGGUCGUGCAAUUGGAAGAACUACUAGAAGUUCGUCAUUCCGUCUUCAUCGUUGGUAAUGCCGGUACCGGUAAAACACAAGUAUGGAAAACUCUAUACAAAACAUACCAGAAUCUCAAAAAGAAACCAAUUUAUACCGACCUUAAUCCUAAGGCUGUGACAAACGACGAGCUAUUUGGCAUUAUUAAUCCUGCAACAAGAGAAUGGAAAGAUGGAUUAUUUUCAGUGAUAAUGAGAGAUCAAGCGAAUAUUGUCGGAGAAAAUCCUAAGUGGAUUGUUUUAGAUGGAGACAUCGAUCCAAUGUGGAUAGAAUCGUUGAAUACUGUAAUGGAUGAUAACAAGAUUCUAACACUGGCUAGUAAUGAGAGAAUAGCGUUAACACCAAGCAUGCGUCUAAUGUUUGAGAUAUCAAAUUUGCGCACAGCUACUCCCGCUACGGUAUCUCGGGCGGGAAUUUUAUACAUUAAUCCACAGGAUUUGGGAUGGAAUCCCUAUGUUACCAGUUGGAUAGAAACACGAAAGAUACCAGCAGAAAAAUCGAACUUAGUUAUACUCUGUGACAAAUACAUUCCGCCGUGCUUAGAAACUGUAAGGACUCGGUUCAAGAAGAUAACGCCUAUUGCAGAUAUGGCGCAUAUUCAAAUGCUUUGCCACUUACUGGAUUGCUUGCUUGUACCCGAGAAUACGCCCGCAGAUUGUUCGAAAGACUGGCAUGAUAUUUUUUUCGUUUUUGCAUGUGUCUGGGCAUUUGGUUCGGCGAUGUUCCAGGAUACCAAUGUUGACUACAGAGUUGAAUUUUCGAAAUGGUGGCUAAACGAAUUCAAAACUGUGAAAUUUCCACCCGGAGGAACUGUAUUUGACUACUACAUUGACCACGAUACAAAACAAUUCACUCCAUGGACAGAAAAGAUUACAAAGUUCGAGCUGGAUUCUGACAUCCCGUUGCAAGCCGUACUGGUGCCUACAGCUGACACUAUACGAGUUCGGUUUUUCUUGGACUUGCUUAUGAAAAACAAACAUCCAGUCAUGUUGGUUGGGGGAGCUGGCUGUGGAAAAACUGUUCUUGUAAACGAAAAAUUGCAAAGCCUUCCAGAAACUUACGCAAUCCAAUCAAUCCCUUUCAACUUCUACACAACAUCGGAAAUGCUCCAGAAAAUUCUCGAGAAGCCGCUCGAAAAGAAAGCUGGCCGAAACUACGGCCCGCCAGGAAGUAAAACGCUGAUAUACUUUAUAGACGACAUGAAUAUGCCAGAAGUUGAUGCUUACGGGACAGUACAGCCGCAUACAAUAAUUCGCCAACAUUUAGACUAUAACCAUUGGUAUGACCGAACCAAACUGACACUUAAAGAUAUCCACAACACACAAUAUGUAUCGUGUAUGAAUCCUACAUCUGGAAGCUUCACUAUUAACCCGAGGCUUCAGCGGCAUUUCUGCGUGUUUGCUAUAAGCUUCCCCAAUUCUGAAUCGCUUAACAACAUUUACCAUUCUAUAUUGAGUCAGCACCUGGCUAACCCUGAGUUGAGGAUUAGUGCCCAGAUUGGUAAACUGUCAGCGAAUGUCGUCAGCGCCACUAUUGCUCUUCACAAUAAAGUAUCACAAGUGUUUCUGCCUACCGCCAUCAAGUUUCACUACAUUUUCAAUUUAAGGGAUUUAUCCAAUGUGUUUCAGGGAUUUCUCUUUAGUACAAAUGAAUGUUUGGUGAAUCCAUCGGAUAUAAUUAGGCUGUGGCUACACGAAACACACAGGGUGUAUGGAGAUAAACUUACAGAAGAUAAGGAUAUUGAUGCAUUUCUUAAAAUGCAAGUGGAUUUAUGUAAGAAGAACUUUGAGGAUAUUGAUGAAGGAGUUGUAUUUGAACGACCAAAUAUAUACUGUCAUUUUGCUGGCGGAAUCGGAGAACCAAAAUAUAUGCCGAUAGCGACUUGGACUCAGUUGAAUAAGUUACUAACAGAAGCUUUGUCUAGUUACAAUGAUCUUAUUGCAGCAAUGAAUCUCGUUUUGUUUGAAGAUGCCAUGAUGCAUAUUUGCAGAAUCAGCCGAAUAUUAGAGAGUCCUAGAGGAAGUGCAUUACUAGUUGGAGUAGGUGGAUCGGGGAAACAGUCCUUAUCGCGUUUAGCGGCUUUUAUUGCCAGCCUUGAAGUUUUCCAAAUACAGCUCAAGAAGGGAUAUGGUGUUUCGGAUCUAAAGCAUGAACUAUCAGGAUUGUAUAUAAAAACUGGUCUGAAAAAUGUUGGUAUUAUGUUUUUAAUGACGGAUGCUCAAGUGGCGAACGAACAGUUUUUGGUACUCAUAAAUGAUUUGUUGGCAUCCGGAGAAGUUGGAGACCUGUUCCCUGAUGAUGAAAUCGAAAACAUAAUUGCUGGUGUACGAAAUGAGGUUAAAGGUGCAGGCCUCCCCGACACGAGAGAAAUCUGUUGGAAAUUCUUCAUAGACAGAGUAAGAAAGCAGCUGAAAGUAGUGCUUUGCUUCUCACCCGUAGGAUCUACUUUGCGGGUGAGGUCCAGAAAGUUCCCAGCUUUGAUUAACUGCACAUCUAUCAACUGGUUUCAUGAAUGGCCUCAAGAAGCCUUGGUCUCUGUGUCUAUGCGUUUUUUGGAGGAAUUACACGUACUGCCUAUAACGUUACGUGAUUCAGUGUCACGAUUUAUGGCGUAUGUCCACACGUCAGUGAACACGAUAUCUAAAGCAUAUCUAUCGAACGAAAGACGGUACAACUAUACGACACCGAAGAGUUAUCUUGAACAGAUCAGUCUCUAUUCAAAAUUGGUCAAUCAGAAAACUGAAGAGCUUCGAGCAAGAAUAUCUAGGUUAGAAAAUGGUUUAGAAAGACUUCGUGGUACGGCAUCGCAAGUAGAUGAACUAAAAGCUAAAUUAGCGGUACAAGAAAUAGAAUUGCAACAGAAAAAUGAAGCUGCAGAUAAACUUAUUGAAAUGGUUGGGGUUGAAACUGCUAAGGUUCAGAGUGAAAAGGCGCUUGCCGAUGAGGAGGAAGAAAAAGUAGCAGUUAUUGCUGAAGAAGUAUCCAAAAAGCAAAAAGAUUGUGAAGAAGACCUUAUCAAAGCUGAACCAGCUCUUGUAGCUGCACAAGAAGCGUUGAACACAUUAAACAAAGCAAAUCUCACUGAACUGAAAUCGUUUGGAUCGCCGCCUGGAGCCGUCACAAAUGUUACGGCGGCAGUCAUGGUGCUUCUGGCACCAGGAGGAAAGAUACCUAAAGAUAGAAGUUGGAAAUCUGCUAAGAUGAUGAUGGCAAAAGUAGAUAUGUUUUUGGAAUCGUUAAUACACUACGAUAAGGAAAACAUACACCCUGAUGUCAUAAAGGCCAUUCAGCCCUAUUUAAAGGAUUCUGAAUUUGAACCGGAAUUUGUGAGAUCUAAAUCAGCGGCUGCAGCUGGUCUAUGUGCGUGGGUUAUAAACAUAAUCAAAUUCUACGAAGUGUUCUGUGAUGUUGAACCUAAACGAAAAGCAUUAGCCGCUGCAAACGCUGAAUUAGCCGCAGCCACUGAAAAGUUGAAAUCUAUUAAAUCGAAAGUUGCUUCUCUUGAAGAACAAUUAGCAACGCUCACGGCAGAUUUUGAAAAGGCAACAGCCGAGAAGGUGAAAUGUCAACAAGAAGCUGAUGCGACGACUAGAACUAUUCAAUUGGCAAAUAGACUUGUUAAUGGUCUCGCUAGUGAAAACGUUAGAUGGGCGGAGGCUGUUUUUAAUUUUAUGCAACAAAGCACGACUCUGCCUGGUGAUAUACUUUUAGUCUGUGCAUUUAUUUCAUACGUGGGGUGUUUCACUAAGCUCUACAGAUUGGAUUUGCUGCAUAAGAAUUGGUUACCAUUCUUGAAGACAUUAGAGCCCCCAAUACCAAUCACAGAAGGCCUCGAUCCGCUAACAAUGUUAACUGAUGACACGACUAUAGCGAUGUGGCAAAAUGAAGGCCUACCUUCAGACAGAAUGAGCACAGAGAAUGCAACAAUAUUAUCAAACUCAGAUCGAUGGCCACUUAUGAUUGACCCACAGUUACAAGGAGUAAAAUGGAUAAAACAAAAAUAUGGCGACGGUUUGCGAGUCAUACGUCUGGGCCAGAAAGGGUACUUAGAUACAAUCGAAAAAGCUAUCAUCAAAGGGGAAACUAUUUUAUUGGAAAACAUAGGGGAAACCGUCGACCCUGUCUUAGAUCCCCUUUUGGGAAGAAAUUUAAUCAAGAAAGGAAGAGCAAUAAAAAUCGGCGACAAAGAAGUUGAAUACAGUCCUAACUUCAGAUUAAUUUUGCACACUAAACUUGCAAAUCCGCAUUAUAAACCGGAAAUGCAAGCGCAGACAACACUAGUGAACUUUACCGUGACACGAGAUGGGCUGGAAGACCAACUUCUAGCCGAAGUCGUAAAAGCAGAAAGACCGGACCUAGAAGAACUUAAGGCAGAGCUGACGAAGCAACAAAAUGAGUUUAAAAUACAGUUAAAGAAGUUAGAAGAUGACCUACUUUCGAGACUCUCGUCGGCCGGUGAGAAUAUUCUUGGUGAUACAGCUCUGAUAGAGAAUUUGGAGACGACAAAGAAGACGGCAGCAGAUAUUGAAAAAAAGGUCUCCGAAGCAAAGGUGACGUCACACCAAAUAGAUCAAGCGAGAGAGUUCUAUCGACCGGCCGCUGCUCGUGCGUCGCUUUUAUAUUUCAUUUUGAAUGACUUGAAUACUAUAAAUCCAAUUUAUCAAUUCUCUUUAAAGAGUUUUCAGGCGUUUAGUGUUGUCUUCCAAAAAGCAAUAUCAAAGGCCGAAGAGAGCGAAGAAGUGAGCAAACGAAUCAAGAAUCUAAUUGAUUGCAUUUCGUAUUCAGUUUUCCAAUAUACAUCACGGGGGCUUUUUGAAUGUGACAAGUUAAUAUUUGCAUCACAAAUGACAUUCCAGGUUCUCUUGAUGAGUGAGGAAAUCUCGCCUGCAGAAUUAGAUUUCUUCCUUCGAUUCCCAAUCAAACCACACGUCACUAGCCCAGUUGAUUUCCUCUCAAACCCAAGUUGGGGUGGCAUUUGUUCCUUGGCGAGUAAAGAUGAAUUCCGCAAUCUCGACAGAGAUAUAGAAACGUCACCUAAAAGAUGGAAGAAGAUUGUGGAAAUGGAGUGUCCUGAGAGGGAGAAGUUUCCACAGGAAUGGAAAAAUAAAACUGCUCUACAAAGACUGUGUAUGAUUAGAGCAUUGCGUCCUGAUAGAAUGACUUACGCCGUUGCAACGUAUAUAGAAGAAAAGAUGGGAUCUAAAUACGUUGAAAAUAGAACUGUUGAGUUUAGUAAAUCCUUUGAGGAGACAAGCCCGACCACACCUAUAUUUUUUAUUUUGUCACCCGGCGUGAAUCCACUUAAAGACGUGGAAGCGUUAGGAAAAGCUAUGGGCUUUACCACUGAUGGUGGGAACUUUCAUAAUGUCUCCUUGGGUCAGGGCCAGGAAAUUGUUGCUGAGCAAGCAAUGGACGAGGCGUUUAAGAAAGGACAUUGGGUGGUUUUGCAGAACAUCCAUUUGGUUAAAAAAUGGUUGCCAAGUCUGGAAAAGAAAAUGGAGAGUUUUGCGCACGGUUGCCAUCCUGACUUUAGGCUUUUUAUGUCCGCUGAACCCGCUGCUACGGCCGCUGCUCAUAUUAUUCCACAAGGAAUACUGGAAUCUAGUAUUAAGAUUACAAAUGAACCGCCCACUGGGAUGCAGGCUAACCUCCAUAAAGCUUUAGACAAUUUCAAUCAAGAAACACUCGAAAUGUGUGGGAAGGAAGCUGAGUUUAAAGCGAUAUUAAUAGCGUUGUGCUAUUUCCACGCGGUUGUUGCUGAACGACGGAAAUUUGGGCCGCAGGGAUGGAAUAAAAUUUACCCAUUCAAUGUUGGCGACCUAACCAUUAGCGUUUUUGUCUUGUACAAUUAUUUGGAAGCGAAUUCCAAAGUGCCAUGGGAAGAUUUACGAUACCUCUUUGGCGAGAUUAUGUAUGGCGGACAUAUUACUGAUGAUUGGGAUAGGAGGUUAUGCAAUGCUUACUUAGAGGAACUCAUGCAACCUGAUUUGGUGGAUGGCGAACUGCAAUUAGCUCCAGGUUUUCCAGCUCCUCCCAACACCGACUACGCUGGUUACCACCAGUACAUAGAAGAUGCUAUGCCAGCGGAAUCCCCCUAUCUAUACGGUUUACAUCCAAACGCUGAAAUUGGCUUCUUAACGACUACAUCUGAAAAUCUAUUUAGAACCAUUUUUGAAAUGCAGCCCAGAGAUGCACAAGCUUCAGGAGCUACUACAGUCACUCGGGAGGACAAGGUUAAACAAAUGCUGGAUGAGAUUGUAGAGAAGUUGCCGGAGGAGUUCAAUAUGGUAGAGAUUAUGGGGAAGGUGGAGGAAAGGACUCCAUACGUGAUUGUGGCCUUCCAGGAGUGUGAGAGAAUGAACUAUUUGACUGGAGAAAUGAAACGAUCAUUGAGGGAACUGGAUUUGGGGCUCAAGGGGGAACUUACAAUUACUUCAGAUAUGGAAGAAUUAGAAAAUGCCCUAUUUUUGGAUCAGGUACCAAUAAUCUGGGCCAGUCGAGCGUAUCCCUCACUCCUGGGUUUGUCUGCGUGGUUUGUGGACUUACUCCUUCGGCUUCGGGAAUUGGAAACUUGGGCUACAGAUUUCGUGUUACCAACAUCGGUGUGGCUGGGUGGCUUCUUCAACCCACAAAGCCUGCUUACAGCAAUAAUGCAAAGCACUGCUCGUCGUUAUGAGCUCCCCUUGGACAAGAUGUGUUUGCAGUGUGACGUCACUAAGAAGAUGAAGGAGGACUUCACUAUAGCCGACUCGCGUUCUGCCCCCCGCGAUGGCGCGUACGUACACGGCCUGUUAAUGGAAGGUGCGCGUUGGGACACACAGGCCGGUAUCAUCAUGGACUCACGUCUUAAGGAUCUCUUUCCACCCAUGCCUGUUAUUAAUGUUAGGGCAAUAACACAAGAUAAGCAAGAUCUUCGCAAUAUGUACGAAUGUCCCGUAUAUAAGACGCGGACUCGCGGUCCCACUUAUGUAUGGACAUUCAACUUGAAAACUAAGGAUAAGCCAGCUAAAUGGACCCUGGCUGGAGUUGCUUUGCUACUACAAAUAUAAACGUAUCAGUCUUACCAUCGGAGGUAAUUGCAACUUCUCAUAGCCCAAAUCAUUUGUGGGCUAUUAUUAGAAUUAAAACAGGAUCUCAGUAGAACCGGGUACGGGGCGGUCAGAAAAGCAUCUUGAAGACCUGUCUUCGCCUCAUGAGGAUUUAGAUCGAGUUUUUUGUUUAUUUUUUUAUAAUAAUAAAUACUAACACUAGUCUGCAUGUUUAUACUAACAUAAUGAUGGAUUGUUUUGUCUGGACAAAUAAAUAAUAAUAGCGACAGCAAUCUCCACUUAUAUAAACAUAAGAAUUCUCCAAACAUUUGGUUAAAGUAUUGUUGGGAUAAAAAUCUAUAUUUAUUUCAUUUAUUAAUAACGAAAAACAGUCAAUACAUAAAUGUAACAAUAGAAAAAGUUACCUUGGGACUUCGUACCCACAUAUAUUUCUUACCCUGGUACAAACUUUUAUCUACAUUUUUAAAUACAAUACAGUUAUACACUCAAUCAAUUUAAAGCUUUCUGAUUUACAUUUUUUUGUCUUUUGCGGUGUCCAAAAUGUAUAAGAUUAUAUUUUUAGAUUAUAUUAAUAACAAAACACAUGCAAUGUUUAG